GAUUUGCAAAUAGAACGAGAGAGGACCGUGUAUAAUAUUUCUGGUGGCUGCACAGCCCUUGUGGUGGUGUAUUUAUUGGGGAAGCUUUACGUGGCAAAUGCUGGUGAUAGCAGGGCUAUAAUAAUCCGAAACGGUGAAGUCAUUCCAAUGUCUUCAGAAUUCACUCCAGAGACCGAACGCCAGCGACUUCAGUAUCUGGCUUACAUGCAGCCCCACUUGCUGGGAAAUGAGUUCACACAUUUAGAGUUUCCACGGAGGGUGCAGCGCAAGGAAGUUGGAAAGAGGAUGCUCUACCGUGACUUCAACAUGACUGGCUGGGCAUACAAAACCAUUGAGGAAGAUGACUUGAAGUUUCCCCUUAUAUACGGAGAAGGCAAGAAGGCUCGAGUUAUGGCAACAAUUGGAGUGACUCGAGGACUAGGAGACCAUGACCUGAAAGUUCACGACUCCAAUAUAUACAUCAAACCUUUCCUGUCCUCAUCUCCUGAGGUGAGAGUCUAUGAUCUCCUGCAGUACGAGCAUGGUCCAGAUGAUGUUCUGAUCCUAGCUACUGAUGGACUCUGGGAUGUGCUGUUAAAUGAAGAAGUGGCAGAAGCUGUCACUAACUUUCUACCAAACUGUGACCCCGAUGAUCCCCACAGGUACACGCUGGCGGCGCAGGACCUGGUGAUGCGAGCCAGGGGAGUGCUGAAGGACCGGGGCUGGCGAAUAUCCAACGACAGGCUGGGCUCUGGAGACGACAUCUCUGUCUACGUCAUCCCUUUAAUACACGGGAACAAACAGUCAUGA